GCUUCUGAAUGGAAAGUGAAUGCCUCUCUGGCCUUGCUCAAUCAGACUCAGAACCUCGUUAUUGGCGGCGGGUUACUGGCCGGCUCCCUGCUCUGUGCCUACUUUGUCACUGAGAACAAGCUCAAGGUUGGUGAUUAUGUUUUUUUCGGAACCUACAUUAUUCAGCUCUACACCCCUCUCAACUGGUUUGGUACCUACUACAGGAUGAUCCAGAGUUCAUUCAUAGACAUGGAGAACAUGUUUGAGCUUUUUACUGAAGAGCAGGAGGUGACGGAUGAUGUUAAUGCUGGGCCUCUUCUUUUUAAACUGGGAAAGGUGGAGUUUGAAAACGUUCACUUCAACUAUGUGAAUGGUAAAGAGAUUCUGAAGGACGUGUCCUUUACAGUCAUGCCUGGUCAAACAGUAGCUCUG